AUGGACGGGGAGGCCUUGAUAUGGUACCAAGAAGCCUUAGACACUGCCCAGUUUGUGAGUUGGGAGACUUUGAUGCGAGCUAUGUUAGUUCGUUUUGGACCAACCGCCUAUGACGAUCCUAUGGAGACCUUAACAAGGUUAAAGCAAGUCAUUACGGUGGCCACUUACAAGGCCAGUUUUGAGGCACUGUCUAAUCGGGUAAGGGGUCUUUCCGAACACCAUAAGUUGAGUUGUUUCCUAAGUGGUUUGAAGGAUGAAAUACAGUUACCUCUCCGCAUGUUCAAUCCACACAACUUAACGGCAGCCUUUGGCUUAGCACGAAUUCAAGAAGAGUACCUCAUUAGUGUUAAGAAACCAAUGAAGUUCUCAGCCGAGAAGGGGCAGUUUGGGUUGAGUAACAACUAUAAUUCUUAUGGUAAUAGUGGUGGUGCAGCGGGUAACAAUCUGAAAUACAGCCCUCCUGUCAAAAAGGUUUUCUCCACGGAGUGGGAUGAGAAACGUAAGAAAGGGCUAUGUUAUCAUUGCGAUGAAAAAUGGAACCCCAACCACAAUUGCAAAAAAGCUAAGGUUUACCUCUUACAAGGAGUUAGGGAGUUGGAAGCAACAGAGGAAACUACAGAAGAAAUUACUAUGGUGGCGGACGCACCGAGUGAAGGGGAUUCAAAACAGAAAGGGGUUGUGGUUGAACCCGAGAUAUCUCUAAAUGCAAUUACGAGAACUCCUAGCUGUAAGACUAUGCGACUCAAGGGGUGGAUUGGGUGUAUACAAGUGGUUCUUUUGGUUGACUCCGGGUCCACACAUAGCUUCGUGGACCCCUCUAUUGCCCAAACAGCCAAGCUGGUGGUUGAUAAGGCAAGAAAACUUGCUGUAAAAGUGGCUAACGGACAGCUGGUUCAAGGCUUAGGUCAUUGCAGCAAAGCCAAAAUCAAGGUGCAAGGUAUAUCUUUUUAUCCCUCCUUUUAUGUUUUGCCUCUUGGAGGUUGUGAUGUCGUUCUUGGGGUGGAUUGGUUAGAGACACUUGGAACCAUUGCUUGGAAUUUUCAUGAGUUGUCCAUGAAAUUUCUAUAUCUUGGGAAGAAUGUUGAGCUGUUGGGACUAAAGUUGGAAGGUUUGACUCUUGCUAAAGGGGAAAAGUCAAUGCUUACAUCCAUGCAAAGAGGGAAGGGAUUAUUUUUACAGCUUGUUAGUGAAACCAAUGUAUUGAGGACCUUGGGGGGAGGAGAUAAGAUGCAGCAGCUGAUUUCACAGUUUGCACAAGUGUUUGAGAUUCCGAAGGGGUUAUCACCCUCAAGACCCCAAGACCAUAGAAUACCUCUUAAGGAAGGAACUCAAUCCAUAACCGCUAGACCUUACCGUUACCCCCACUACCAAAAAUCUGAAAUUGAAAAGAUAGUGGCAGAAUUACUUGAUACCGGAGUGAUAAGGCCUAGCUCAAGUUCUUUCUCUUCUCUGGUGCUUUUGGUCCGCAAGGGGGAUGGAAGUUGGCGUAUGUGCGUGGACUAUCGCGCACUUAACCAAGAGACUAUAAAGGAUAAGUUUCCUAUUCCCGUGAUUGAUGAGCUCUUGGAUGAGUUGCAUGGAUCGGUGGUUUUCUCUAAAUUGGAUUUGAGGUCCGGUUACCACCAAAUCAGGGUGGUCCCCGAGGAUGUUGCAAAAACAGCCUUUAGAACUCAUGAGGGACACUAUGAGUUUCUUGUUAUGCCCUUUGGGUUGACUAAUGCCCCAUCAACUUUUCAAGGGCUGAUGAAUGAGGUAUUUCGACCCUAUUUGCGAAAGUUUGUACUAGUUUUUUUUGACGAUAUUUUGGUGUACAGCAGCUACUGGACAGAUCAUUUGAGGCAUGUGCAGGUUGUGCUGGAGUUGUGA